AUGAGAAUCCAUUGCGGCCAAACGAGGAAAAAGACCCUUUGUUGUCCCAUAACUUUCUGUAUAUACCGGAAGUGCCCGCCCUUUCCCGGUUUUUCUGUGGCGGCUGUUCGGGGCCGCCAUUGCCUGGAGCGCGGUCAGGGCUGGACCGCGGGGGGACGGGGGCGGGAACGAGCGAGCCCUGCCCUGGAUGCCCGGCCUUCCCCGAGAGGUGGGAGCACCGAGGAAGCGACAAUGGCCCUUGUACUCCGGGCAGCCCCGGCCCCCCAGGAAUUGGUGACAUUCAGGGAUGUGACCGUGGACUUCACCUGGGAGGAGUGGGGGCGCCUGCAGCCCUCGCAAAAGAAAUUGUACCGGGACGUGAUGCUGGAGAACUACAGAAACCUGGUCUACCUGGGACUUGAAUUUUCCAAACCACACGUGAUCUAUCAGCUGCAGCACGGGGAAGCCCCCUGGAAGCUGGAGGGAGACAUCCCCAGGGUCGCCCAUCCAGAUUGGAAGAGGAGCCAUGAAACCAAGGAACCACCUCCUAAGAUGGGCAGUUUUAUGAAAGAAUCAUCCCAGGAUCCAAGUGACAUAAGUGACAUUCACUGUUUCUUCAGAUUGGGACAAAUCUGGGAAUAUGGAGCCAAGUACAAGAGGAAGCAGAACAGAAAGGAGAAAUAUCAUGUACCCAAUGAUUAUGGAAAUGCCUUCUUCCAGAACACCAGACUUAUUGGCCAUCAGAGAAUAGAUUCUGCAGAAAAACCUUAUGCUUGCAAUGAAGGUGAAAAGGGUUUCUGUCAGAACAAAUAUCUUACUCAAAACCAGAAAAAUAAAUGUGGCGAGGUCUUUUGUCAGAGAUCAGGACUUCAGGAACACCAGAAAAUUCAUGCUGCUGAGAAACCCUAUGGACGUAUUGAAAGUGGAAAGACCAUCUGUCUCAAUAAUAAACUUACUCAACACCAGAGAGUUCAUCCUGUAGAGAAACCUUUUGAAUGUAGUAUAUGUAGGAAGGCUUUCCGUUGGAAGUCACAUCUUUUGCAACAUCAGACAGUACAUUCUGGUGAGAAACCUUAUGUAUGUAAUGAAUGUGGAAAGGCCUACCACAAGAGGUCAAUGCUUACUGAACAUCAGAGAACUCAUACUAGAGAGAAACCUUAUGAAUGUAAUAAGUGUGGAAAGACCUUUCGAUGGAGCACGCACCUUAGUCGCCAUCAAAGAAUUCACACUGGAGAGAAACCUUAUGUAUGUAAGGAAUGUGGGAAAGCCUUCCGACAGAGGACAGUACUUACUGAACAUCAGAGAACUCAUACAGGAGAGAAACCUUAUGAAUGUAAUGAAUGUGGAAAGUAUUUUCGUUGGAGGACAGUGCUUGCUGAACAUCAGAAAACCCAUACUGGAGAGAAACCUUAUGAAUGUAAUGAAUGUGGGAAAUGCUUCCACUGGAACACAAACCUUACUCGACAUCAGAGAAUUCAUGCUGGAGAGAAACCUUAUUUAUGUGGAAAGGCCUCCCACCAGAAGUCAGCACUUACUGAACAUCAGAGGCCUCAUACUGGAGAAAAACUUUAUGAAUGUAAUGAAUGUGGAAAGACCUUUCAAUGGAACACAAACCUUACUCGACAUCAAAGAAUUCAUACUGGAGAGAAACCUUAUGAAUGUAAUGAAUGUGGAAAGGCUUUUCGAUGGAGUACAGUGCUUAUUGAACAUCAGAGAAUUCACACUGGAGAGAAACCAUAUGAAUGUAAUGAAUGUGGAAAGACCUUCAAGUGGAACACAAACCUUACUCGACAUCAGAGGACACAUACUGGAGAAAAACUUUAUGAAUGUCAUGAGUGUGGGAAGGCCUUCCAACAGAAGACGGGACUUAAUCGACAUCAGAGAACUCAUACUGGACAGAAAUUUUAAGAAUAUAACACAUGUAGAAAGGCAUUUUGAAAUAGCACAGAACUUACUCUACAGCAGAUAUUCCGUACCUGAGAUAAAUCUUUUGAAUGUAUUAUGUACAGGAAUGCCUCCUGCCAGAAUGGAGUCACCAUCAUAAAAUUUAUACUGGGGAAAAAAAACCCCACCUUAAUGAAUGUAAUGAUUGUGGGAUAGCUUUUUUCAACUCAACUUCAGAGAAUUCAUA